UCUUCGGGCGCCCCUCCGUGUAGGCUAAGUUUGCCGAACGCGGUGCAUGCUGGUUUCCGGUGGGCGCUCUUCGAUCAUGGCGAGCGAUUUCUAUUUGCGCUACUACGUUGGGCACAAGGGCAAGUUUGGCCAUGAGUUUCUCGAGUUCGAGUUCCGUCCUGACGGUGAGACUACCACUGUUAGUCGGUCCCGGAGCAACAGGCAUGGUGGCUUCUAGGAACAAGGUAAACUGAGAUAUGCAAAUAACAGCAAUUACAAAAAUGAUGUCAUGAUCAGAAAAGAAGCUUACGUACAUAAAAGUGUGAUGGAAGAACUAAAGAGGAUCAUUGAUGACAGUGAAAUUACAAAAGAAGAUGAUGCAUUGUGGCCUCCGCCGGAUAGAGUUGGCCGACAGGAGCUUGAAAUUGUGAUCGGGGAUGAACAUAUCUCUUUCACAACAUCAAAAAUUGGUUCUCUUAUUGACGUGAAUCAGUCCAAGGAUCCAGAAGGUCUAAGAGUGUUUUAUUAUCUUGUCCAAGAUCUCAAGUGUCUAGUCUUCAGUCUCAUUGGAUUACAUUUCAAGAUUAAACCAAUCUAAAUUGUGUGAAUCUAAAUUUGUAAAGUUUUUGGGGGGUGGGAUUCUUUUCAUUCCGUAUCUUGUAUAACGUUUAUGUAUGUCUGUUUUUAUACAGAGUGAUUUAAUAAAAAUUAAGACUUUUUUUCUUUUUAUUUAGAAAGUCUUUGUAAAACAA